AUGAGUCACAAAAAUAUUUUGAAGUUGAUUGGAUGUUGUUUAGAAUCUCAACUUCCCAUUUUAGUUUUUGAACUUGUGGAGUGUGGGACUCUUGCUGAUUGUCUUUAUCGGUCAUGUGAACCACAUUUUGAGCCUUCGUUAUUGACACAUCGGUUAAAGAUUGCUAUGGAGAUAGCUCAUGCGAUUGCAUAUCUCCAUUCUGGGUUCCGUCGACCCAUUAUUUUUAGAUCGAUUGAUCCACAUACUAUUGUAUUCAAUGAACAAUAUGUUGUCAAAUUGUUUGAUUUUUCACACUCCAUUGCUAUUCCAGAAGGUAAAACUCACGUAAAAGAUGAAGUGCUAGGAAGAUUUGGAUUUCUGGCACCUGAGUACCUUAUGACAGAAAAAUGCAAUGAAAAGGUAGAUGUCUAUAGCUUUGGUAUAAUUCUACUUGUGCUUUUGACUGGUUUCAGAGCAACUGAGUCUUCCAGUUGGAUUACUGUAACUUGUCUUAAUUGCAAUUUGGAGCAUGUUGUGAAAAUAUACAUUGAGCAAGACAAGUUUACUAAGAUAGUUGAUCCCAUAGUUGUUGGUAUGAGACUAUCUCCCGAAAAAGAAGAGCAAUUGCAAGCAUUUGCAGAGCUUGCCUUUAAAUGUGUCUCUGAUUCAGCCGAAGACAUGCCAACAAUGAUUGAUGUAGCAAAACAACUUAGGCACAUUUAUAAAUCAACUUGUCAAUUAAUGUCUUAA